AACUUCUCGAUCAAAGGCUGGGUGGGGUUUGUUCUUGCUUAACUUCUUUCUUAAGUUAAAUCUAAACCGUUAUAGAUCUCAGUGGAGUGAAGAUACGUUGUAUGAAGAUACGUUGAGUGAACUUUUAUAACAUUUCUUGUUACUUUCACUUUUAGUCUGAUCUAAACACACACAACAUGCUUCAAAGUUUGUUUGGACUUUUUUGUCUCUCGGCGCUUUCUCAGUUAGUGACUCUCACAGGUACACAAGCUGAAUGUCCUAUAAAGUUUAACCCACCGAGUGUUGUUGUGGAGUACGGCAGCUCUGUUUCAGUGGAUUGUAGCACUGAUGUCACACAUGAUGGGAUGGGCUGGGAAGCCCCUGAAGGAUCAGUACCCAAGACCAAAAACAAACUGAUCACCUGGAGUGUGUCUAGCCUGAGAAAAUGGGAUGUACGGCCAGUGUGCAAUAUAACCUACAACAAGGAACAAUGUUCAGCUUUACUCCCAGUCACAGUUUACAAGACUCCAGAUAGUGUCUCCAUCAACACAGUGAAUCGACCAACAACUGAGGGAUCACGGUAUGAGUUCCAGUGUGACAUUGUGAAUGUGGCUCCUGUUAAGAGUCUGAUUGUGAAAUGGUUUAAAGGAGAGACAGAGGUGUAUACUAAGACCUUCACUGAAACCACCAAGAGUCCAGUGAAUGAAACAUCUACAAUCGGAUUCAUUGUAGACAGAGAUCAUGAUGGAGCUCAGUACAGAUGUGAAGCAGAGCUGGAACUGGGAGCAGAUGGACCUCAACCUCCUCCUAAAGUGACAUCAAAACCUUUUCAGAUUACAGUACUGUAUUCACCAAAACGCAUUGAAGUAGUGGACAUCAUCAAGAAAACCAAUGGAGAGGUCACUCUGAACUGUACAGAACCAGCAAAUCCACCUGCUACUUACUCCUGGUCCUCAGAGCAUUUGACAGGGCCAAUAAAUUCAUCAGUGCUCUCAACCUCUACUCUAGGAAACUACAUGUGCACUGCUACAAACCGUCUAGGCAUUCUCACCAGAAUGUUUAUUGUUAUUAAUUUUGCAGGAAGUCUCCACACAUUCAUGGGUUAUCUUAUUUUCCUACCGCUGCUGGUUGCUUUAGGGAUUGUCGUGUGAGGGAGAUACAAAUGAACUGUCCUGAAAAAUGUAUUCCUCUUUUUUAAUAAAUGUUAAAAAAGAAUUAUAAUGAUUUAUUCUGUAAAUCGCUCGUUUGAUAUGCAUGCUUUUAUUUUUAUUAUAGAAAUGUACUUUCUUGCUUUAAGAUCAGUAACUGUUUUGCAUUGAAUGUGUAACACUGUAGCAAUUAUUCAUGACCUACGGCAAUGUAUUGCAUCAUUUUCCUGUUCCUUAUAUUGGUCCACCAUGUCAGGAGUUUGGUCCACACUUGCUCCACCAGAUCUGAGUUGUGACACACUUUGAUCUUGCUGCUAUGAAGCAAUGCGAUUAAACAAAAUGCCAUGAAACCAAUCAAAACUUGUCAUUAGGUGCCAUUUACAAUAUGAUUUUUAAAAUCUAUAAAUUAGCCUAGUAGACGUCAUAACUCCAACAUUUAUGUGACGUCAUUAACUAUGUUGUUGAGCCAACGUGAUUCGAACAACAGAUGUGCAACAUAAAAUGGGGUUACUGCUGUGGUAAACAAGAGAAGGAAAGUAGAAAGGUUUAAAAAGAGGAAGAUAUACAGAGUGGCUAACCAGAAGACAACCUCUCAUUUAAACACCACCGUUGGUUUAAAAGAAGUCGUCAUCCAGGCCAAAGACACUGGAGACGGAUGGUGAGACCUCUGAUGGUGAUGAGCAAGAUUUAACGUACAAAGUGGAAAAUAAACGACUUGCUGCUCUGAAUAUAUUUAUUUGAUCACAUUGUCAUAUAGUGAGUGAAAUGUACAGUUUUUAUUAUAUGGCCUAAGUAUAAUCCUCUUAAAUUGAUCUGUAAUAUAAAUCACUUAAAUGGGCUUUAGUGCACAGGAAAAUCCCCAGUGUUAAAUUAACUCUACCAGUGUUAAAUCAACACUAUUUGGUGUUUAUAUAAUCCACACCAAGAUCGGUGUUAAAAAAGACUGGUGUUAAAAAUAUAACUCUGAAUCAGUGUUAAAGUUAAUGAGAUAAUGAAGUGAUGAUUAAGAUAUUAAUGGUGAACACCUGCUGGUCAUUCAAAUCAAUAAAAUUUUGGACAUAUUCCUGUCUCUAAAUUUUCAUUUUGAUGACUCGUUUUCUGGAGAAAAUACUAAAAUAAUAAAGAAAGACAAAUUAUUAAAUGCAAUAGAUGAAUACUGUUGGGUGUAUCCCUCCAAAAGCUGCAAUAUUUCACGUUUGCCUCUCUAUCAGCAUCUCUGUUUGAAAAAUAAAGUGAUAACUUGCAGAGUUAUUUUCUAAAUGGAUAAGUUUAACUUCUAAACAGCUGUCAGAACAAAAUACAAGUGCUCAACUAUUCCAGCAUCCACA